AUGGCCUUAGAUGCGGUAUCCGCUUCUACAAGCUCUCAAUAUCAGUACGAAAAGCUCACCGAGCCCGAUGCACUUCGACUCGUUCUCCUACGGCCUUCCCGAGAGCUGCAAAAUCCUCUAGAAUGUUAUCUGAUUAGUACUACAUUAUCAAACUGUGAGAAUGACCUCCUCGAUCACUAUACAGCCCUAUCCUACGUCUGGGGUGACCAAUCGCGCAGAGUUUCGAUCAAAGUUGCUGGUCAAGCGCUCUCAAUAACCGCAUCUUUGGACACAGCUCUUCGUCAUCUGAGAGAUUCAUCAAGGACAAGGAGAAUCUGGGCAGAUGCUAUUUGCAUUAAUCAGAGUGAUUCUGAAGAGCGGAAUCAACAGGUACGGCAGAUGGCCUCGGUCUAUGCAACCGCACAGCAUACAGUCAUCUGGAUCGGGGAUGGGAACCCAGAAACAGACCAGCUCUUCAAGACCCUCAAAUUCAUUGCUUCUCAGAGGCUUCUUGGGAAAUCUGCUGGAACCCCUCAUGCGAUGGAGGUCAGUCAACAAGUUCGAUUGUCGGCUUCCCAGACCAUACUUGCGCGACAUUGGUUCAGAAGAGUCUGGGUCUUGCAGGAAUUGGUUCGAUCCCGUGAUCCAUGGGUGCAAUGCGGCACGUUUCUUGUCAAAUGGCAAGACUUGAAGAACGAUAUUACGACAAAUGCUCGUGAUAUUGGAGCAGAAAAGGUGCAGCUCGUUGAGGAUAUGGCGAAGCUGCAUUCAGAGCACCAUCUGAGCAGAUUCCGACACCUGUCAGGAUAUAAUUCUGAGGACCUGAUGAGCGUUGCAGGAAGACUCUUGACUUUGUUGAUAUCCAGAAGAGCUCUUGGAGUGCAGGAUCCCAGGGACCGGCUGUUCGCUCAUGUCGGUUUACUGGGGAGUGUGAGCCUUGAUAAAUCGCUUCUCCAACUGAUUGAGGUCGAUUAUGGAAAGGAAGAAAGCUUGGUUUUCUUCGAGAUCGCACGUUUCCUCACCAAGGCCUUUCAAGACUAUCGUAUACUGUCUCUCCUCGAAUACGGGCACGCUACGAACUCCACACAUCUUCCUUCCUGGGUUCCAGACUCAUCAUACUUUCCACCAAAUCCUCGGUGUCUCAGUUUUUGGGUUCCUGAAUUCCGUGUAUUGGCUUCUGCCGGAUGGUCCGUUGCGCGAAUUCAUGGCUUGAGCUCUGGAGAAGCCAACCUAAGGCUCGGAAACCCAAAAUCCAGGGCGCUAUUCGACUCUUUGAAGAAAGAGGUCUUGAAUAACCCUAAAUAUCACUGCAAAAUGAAAGAAUUGUUAUCGUUGUUGGCAGCUGGUAUCACAGAAAGUUACGAGAAAUGGCAACAAGUACUUAAGGAUUGUGACACCCCUGAUCCAGCGAAGGUUUUCACAGCCAUUGAAAUCCAGCUUGGGAAAUUUGAGGAGCCGUACGACCCUCAAGCAUUUUUGAAAAACUCGAGGCUUUUUCAAAGUACAACAGAAAUCUGCCAAACAGAAAAAACUCUUCGACAUGGAAUCCAAGCCACCUGCGAUUACCUCACCGAGGAACUAUUGCCACAGAAACAAGUUGCUUUGUUCGGGGGGGCUCAACCUAUAAGCAACACUAGAAUAUUCAAGUUUGAGUCCCAAUCCUUGUUAGCCCAUCUCACUAUGCUGGGCUACGGGAAUGAAGUUAAAAAUAUGUUUUGCUACCGCAAAUUGGCAACACUUGAAGAUAGCACUCCUGCUCUGGUGCCAAAGUCGACACAACCAGGCGAUGUUGUUGCAAUACUUAUGCGCCACGCAAUACCCCUGGUUCUGCGACCAAUUGAGGUGGAGAAACCAAGCCUUGAAGAGAAUAUCCGAUCCCAGAUUGUCAAGGAUGGGUACCAUUAUCUAAAGCGGAAGAAGAUCGAGCACUUUCGAGUGGUUGGGGAGUGCUUUGUUGAGGGCCUCAUGUAUGGCGAAACCUACAAGAGAUAUAAGGCAGAUCUGAGCAGACAACCAAGAGUACUUGCUCUUCAUUGA